UUCAAUUUUAUCCCGCCGCGGCCCGAGCAUCACAAAACUGACUAAGAUAGCAAUAAAAGAUACAAAGAGUAUAUAUUCGUUCACCCGUCCAUUUAUUUCAACAUUCAUUUUUAUGCCAACUGUACAGUAUUACAAAUCGUCUUUCCGUCUCACGUUCAACACUAAUUGUUAAUUCUAUUAUAUUUUCAUACAUCGGUCCGAUUAAAACGGUACCGACUUACUACGCUUGGGAGAGCUUGUACAAUCGAAUAAUAAAUUAGAACAGAACUGGAAAGCCUCGAUCCUUAGAUCUCUCCUUGGAGUCGACCUGUCUGCAUCGUUUGGAAAGGGAAUUCGACGGCCUCGAAUUCGAAGGACUCUAAUAAGGAAGAAUCGGCCUUGAUCGGUGAUGAUCGGUGUUAAUCGCUGGGAGACAAUAGAUAUGCGAGGAAACCGACGAGACAAGGUCUAUCCUUGGCAUAGUCUGUCACGAUCGGUGUCGAAGUAACGGUUACCGGAAGCAAGCGUCGAGAGGCUGUACCGGCCUCUCUUCCUCGUUGUUCACCUCGUCGUUCUCUUGGUAUUUAUCGUCGACUUGGAGACCGCUUCGAUCGAGGACUGAAGAGAUUCGAACGGUGGACAGCGGUUCCCGAAGGAGUUGUACGAGAUGAGACCCGACGAGGUGAUACAGAACGAGAGAAGGGCGGCGGAGACGAUGUCCGAGACGUCCGAGGGCACAGUGACGACCAGCGUCUCCGGUAAAUCGGGUUUCGAGAGCCGUGAGGAACUGCGGGAGAUCGCAGCUGUGCUCGGAAUCCUUAACCCGGACGAGCUGCACCAAGAACGAUUUCGCGUUGAUCGCCGGAAAUUAGAACAGAUGCUUAUAGGUGGUAAUGAUGUACCCAAGCCAGCGGACACGUUUUUUCAUAACCAAAUGUCACUGGAUCUCGAGAGCUUGACUUAUUCUCAGUGUCGUCGGCUGCCAACUUUUACGAAUAUUCGGCGGUCAAUUGAGAUACCUGCCUACCGUUUCGACAGGACGAGAACCCUCGACCGACAAUAA